AUUUUCGUUUUCAGUUUCUCCACAACUUCAGGCGUGCAAACGUUAAAUAACCAUCUCAAAAUGUGUAAAUGUCUGGCCGGAAAUGUCGCAUGUUGCUGCUUCAGUUGCGCACUUAGCAUGCUCGUAUCGAUAAUCAGUGCGUUCUUUGUUGUGUUUGUUAUUGUCGGCUUACUAGUCUACUUUUUUUACUACCACGAGCAAGAGGACGAUGUCACCAAAAUUAAAAAUGAUUUACAAGAUGGAUUUAAAAAUACUAUCGAUAAAUUGAAAAGUGGCUUAAAUCAAUAAUACAAAAGUGCCGAUAAGUUGAAAGAAGCCUUGAUUAAACUAGCUUUUACCGGAUGUUUUUCAAUUCAUAUAAAUCAUCAUGCUGACCUACAAAUGCUGUUCAUUGAAAUAGCUGAACAUGUAAUUGAUUGAUAAUGUUUUGCAUUUAAAGCCUUCUGAAUGUAUGUACAAACAUAACAUAGGGUUUGAUAAAUAUUUAUGUGUGCUUAUAUAUUUUAUAAAAUGAUCCUUUGAAUCUCCAAAAAUUUAUUUAUUUCAAUUCAUAGCUUUACAAAUAAAAAGUAAAUAUGCUAUAUGGCAUCCAAAUGUAUGUAAAUACCAUAGACAGCUUAUGGCAUCUAAAUGUAUGUUGAUACCAUAGACAGGUUAUAUCUCCACAAA